GCGGACUCAGCUCGUGUCAGAACAGCUGAUCUCGGAACAGCUCCGGACUGAGAGGAGCCGCUUCCCGCAGGAAAACCUCUGUCUAUGGUUGAGAGCGACGCUCCAGCAAGGAUGUCCCGGACCGACGAGGUGCACCGCAUCACGGAGAACGUGUACAAGUCCAUCAUGGAGCAGUUCAACCCCUGCUUGAGGAACUUCAUAGCGAUGGGGAAAAGCUACGAGAAGGCGCUCACCAGUGUCACAUAUGCUGCAAAGGGCUACUUCGACGCUCUGGUGCGGAUGGGCGAGAUGGCCAGCGAAAGUCAAGGCUCUAAGGAUCUUGGGGAGGUGCUCUUUCAGAUGGCUGAGGUGCACAGACAGAUCCAGAUCCAGCUUGAGGAGAUGCUGAAGUCGUUCCACAACGAGCUGCUCACAGAGCUGGAGAAGAAGGUGGAGCUGGACGCACGCUACCUGAAUGCGGCGCUGAAGAAGUACCAGACGGAGCACAAGGGCAAAGGGGAGAGUCUGGAGAAGUGCCAGGCCGAGCUGAAGAAGCUGCGCCGGAAGAGCCAGGGCAGCAAACACCCCUCGAAGUACGGAGACAAGGAGAUGCAGUAUGUGGAGGCCAUCAGCAACAAGCAGAGCGAGCUGGACAACCACAUCGCAGAGGGCUACAAGCACGCUCUGUCGGAGGAGAGGAGGAGGUACUGCUUCCUGGUGGACCGGCAGUGUGCUGUGGCCAAGAGCAGCAGCGUCUACCACAACAAGGGAAAGGAGCUUUUAUCUCAGAAGAUCCCGAUGUGGCAGCAGGCGUGUGCCGAGCCCAACAAGCUGCCAGAUCGAGCCAUGUUCCUGGCGCAGCAGAUGAGCGGCAUGGUGGGCAGCAUGGCGCCCGGUGCUCUCCAUGCAGGCAUGUCCAUCGUGGAGUCCGGCCCCGGGUCCAAACCCCUGCCGGGGCCUCCGGAGCAGGCAGCGUUCAGGGCCAGUGGGGGAAUGGGCCAGCAGCGGCUGAUGGGCGGGGGGGAACCAGGGAUGCCGGUGAUGAACGGCUCGGCCGGCGCCCACGGAGGAGAAGACUACCAGCAGUGGAUGGAGGGCAAAGUGGCCCAGGGCAAAGCCUCGCCCCAGAGCCAGCGGCACGGGGGGGAGGUCUUCUCCAACACCCUGCCUGUGAGGAAGGCCGCCCCCGCCAAGAGCAAGACCACGCUGAUGGAGACCCGCACUCUGCCCCGGUCCAGCUCCAUGGCUGCCGGGCUGGAGAAGAACGGGAGAACCUGUGUCCAGGCCAUCUUCUCUCACACGGCGGGGGACAACAGCACCCUGCUCAGCUUCUCUGAGGGCGACGUCAUCACCCUGCUGGUCCCCGAGGCCCGGGACGGGUGGCACUAUGGAGAGAACGAGAAGACCAGGAUGCGUGGCUGGUUUCCCUUCUCCUACACCAGGCUGAUCUCUGACGGGGACGGUGACUCCUCGAGGCAGCUCCGGGUUCACAACCUCCAUCACGGGAAGAGCAGCAGCACAGGGAACCUUCUAGAGAGAGAAGCCAUGGCUCUGCCCGUCCCCGACUACGGCAGCCACGCCCGCAUGGCAGCACCGAGCGCGGCAGCGCUGCAUGGCAGACAGCAGCGGCCCUACAGCGUGGCAGUGCCAGGCUCCUCACAGCACGGAGUGGAAGAGUACGAGCCUCGUUUCCCCACAAGAAACCAGAGGAGCUCACAUACCUCCGCCAAGGCUAAAGCCCUCUCAGCAUGUGAGAGGAAGAGAAAUCCCAUCUGCUCCGAGACGUGA